CUGUGGGACAUGCACUCAAUAAAGUACGAGUACUACACACCUAGUAUUAGACCUCACUUGAGAUAUAGCAUAUCGGCAUUGUGUUCAUUUUCCAAGUGUAUAAUUUAUCAAGAUUCAAAAGCCAGAGACUGUCCUCUUCUCCACCUCAUUCUUUGCCCUGCAAGUGUCUUCGGUUUGCUACUGACAGGCAGGCAAUAACCACUGCAACGAGAAUUCCUCCGCCCUUACCGACCACAGUGAUAGACAUAUCUUCACCAACACGAAUCAGCCUGCUUACGGGUGCUACCGGCCAACAAUGCUGCGAUACCCCUGACCCUCCCUCACAGAACGAUUCCUCGCGUGCAAUCCACAUGCGGUCGAGUCCAAUGCAAGCUGCGGUGUCAAGACCAGAUAAGAGGGGGUUAAAACAAUAUGGGUCUUACCGUGCCAAUACCUGGACGAAGUCGGGCUGUCUCAAUCGCUGAUAUCCUUCGUCCGCAGGAUAAAGACAUAGCUGCCCUGGUGAAGAGUUUGGAUGCACUGGACCGCUCCUCCUUUGGAAACCUGCAAGAUAGUCUAGACCAGUCAGCCGCGUUACAACAACUGCGGCACUUUCUCAAGGAUGAUGCUGAACUUCACGGAGCCAAGAGUGGCUUUAGACGUGCUGGUGGUUUACAGGCACUGCUCCGUCUGCUUCGGUCGUUGACCGAUACCUAUGGAGCGCAAGAAAAUCCUUCGUCCAACAUCAAAGUCUUUCUGCAGACACUGUCACAGUGGUUCGCUGUGCUGGGAGCUGCACUAGAAGGACAUGAAGGCAGCCAAAGGUAUUUUAGAACAAAGGUGGAAUCCAACGGAUGGGAGUCUUUACAGUGUACUCUGCAGCAAUGUCUGGCUCUUGUAUCGUGCCAAAGCAGUGAUGAGUUGUACCUUGAGCAGUUCUUUGGCCUUCUCUUCGCGACAGCGGCUGGAGUGGAAGUAGUCGAUGAUAUCUACACGGCUGCCGAGCGAGUUGUCAACAAACAAGACGUGAAACCUGUUUCUGAGGAUGCUGUCAGCGUUGUACAGACUGCGGUGUCCAAGUCGAUGUCGAAUGUGGAUGAACUCGCUUUGCCCGAGUUGCUAACCACAAUACUUAUUCUAUGGAAUAUCGGCAUAAAGGGAGGCAAUAUACCACUGCGAUCUAUACGAUUGGCUCUACCAAUGGGCCUGAGAGAUGUCCUUUCGAUAUCAAGACAUAACCUCGUUUCCGCUCAUACUGCCGGAACCUUCACUGCGAUGCUACAGCUUGUGUUUGAAGAACAGUUAUCACAUGUGGAAAGGGCGCAGUUCAAAGAAGCCGCCCUUGUCCUCUGUCAAGAAGGGGUCUCGAGUCUGGUUGACGCCCAUUACCUGUUCAACCAGGCGGCAGCAUCUUCUGAGGGAGGGGCUUUUCUGCUUGAUGCGGUGAAAGCAUCGAGACAGCCCCCUAGUGUUCAGUUUGACCUAUCUCAACAGGGUUAUGCUUCCACAGAACUAGCCAAUCUGGGUAGGCCGUUUCCUCCCGUCGAGACAUCCGGCUAUACCUUGAGUCUUUGGGCUCGCUUCGACCUCUUCGAUACCCAAGCACAUACCACCCUCUUCGGUGCCUUUGAUAAGAGUCAGACUUGCUUCAUCCUAGCGUAUUUGGAGAAAGACACACAUCAUCUCAUUCUCCAGACCGCAAUCCAAGGAAACAGACCGAGCGUUAGAUUCAAGUCGGUAGCCUUUCAGCCAGAUACGUGGUACCAUAUCUGCAUAGUCCAUAAAAGACCGCGGACUACAUCGUCAUCCCGAGCCUUCCUCUUUGUCGAUGGAGAGUUCGUGGAACAGCAAAAGGCCAACUAUCCGGGCGUUCCUCCUAGCGAGCGUGGACAACCCAAUCCAAAGGUUCAGGCAUUCUUCGGUACGCCUCAGGACCUUUCUCCUCGUGCCGCGGGUACAGCUUGCGUCUCGAAAUGGUCGUUGGGCUCUGCCAUCUUAUUCUCAGACGCAAUAAGUGAUGAUCUAAUCGCUGUUUUCUAUCAUCUGGGGCCGAAAUAUCAUGGCAAUUUUCAAGACUGCCUCGGGUCAUUUCAGACUUACCAGGCUUCCGCCGCCUUGAAUCUAAGAAACGAGAUGCUGCACCCUGGGAAAGAAGACCAGUCUGAGCUUAUCUUAGCAAUCAGGCAAAAGGCCAGCCAUCUUAUCCGCGAAGACAAGAUCCUAAUCAACAUAUCUCCCGCCACCAUUUUGGACGACGAUGAUCGAAACAAUAUUGACGAGACUCAACUCGUAAAGUCUCUGUCAAAAUUGGCUGCCAAAAACCUGGUCGCCUAUACACGCUCCGGCACCAAUGCUGUUGCCAUUAACGGCGCGGUACCUGCCAUCAAUGAUGCUCUAACUCAAGCUCGUGGCGUAUUCCUGCUGAUGGGAAACCCUACUGUGACUGUGCCACAUUCCCUUGAUGAUGCUAGCUGGCGUUUAGGUGGCUGUGGUGCUGUUAGCCUUUGUCUUUUGCAACGUGCUCGAACGACUGAGGACGUUGCCCUUGCUGUCGAUAUCCUACUGGAGACAGUGCGCCACAGCUGGAGAAAUAGUGAGGUAAUGGAACGUGAUGGAGGUUAUGCUAUUCUGGCAAUGAUUCUGAAGGAGAAACUGAUGCUUCCUUCACAAAACAACAGUGAACCGGCAAAGACGACUAUUGCCAUCCCUACUCCUCGGCUCGAUAGAAAUGCGCUGAGUCUCCAGGUUUUGAAAUCCAUACUCUCGUUCACUGGGUAUGACCACGAAAAUUUGUCGAAAUCGGUCAUCAAUAACCCUUUGGCGUACAAAGUUCUGGUAGCAGACAGCAGCAUCUGGCGAUGCAGCCCUCUCCCGGUACAGCAACUGUACUUCGGGCAAUUCCUCGUUUUUGCUGAGCAGAGUGAGUUCAAACGCUUCAACCUAAAGAGGCUUUCAAGAAUGCGAGUUCUGAAGCGACUUAUGGAAGCUUUGAAGUCAGAGCCUGUGUCCAGGGCCAUCAUACCAAUGUAUAUGGCUGCUUUCAAGGUGCUUCUGCCUCAGUCUAUGUCCGCAGAAACGUUGCGAUCGCUUGCACUCUUUGUUACGUUCUCCGUUAACAAACGUAACACUGGUCUGCAAUUUCGCAAGCCAACACGUCGAGAAGCUCGACAACGAAGCUCCUCUGCAGGGUCAUCGAAGAGUGGACAAGAUGAAGCCACCUCCAACCUAACACAUUUCGAGAUAGGCGUUGAGGUUCUCCGUUUGUACUCGGAUAUGUUAUGCCGUAAGGACGACGACACUAUGAUCAAGAAGUUUGCGAAGACUGUGACGAACAAGUGGCUCCUCUACCUGCUCUCUGAGACCUCCCCUGAAGUAGUCGUGCUUUCAGUGAGGAUACUGGCACGAUUGCUAGUUGUGCAUGGGGAUAGCUACGUCAAGAAAUUCAAGGAUACUUCCAAAACAUCUGGCUUCACAGUUAUGGCAUAUCGACUCAAGAGGUGGUGGCAUCUUCCAGCAUUGUGGCCUGCAUGUUUUGCAAUCUUGUUCAACCUCGACGUCUGCAAUCUUGACCUAGACAGAAGUUUCGACCUAUUCGGCUUCAUCGAUUUAUUCGCCGGCAAGAAGGAAUUUUCAGUUGCGUACCCGGAAAUCCUCGAAGUCAUCAUGGCUAUGCUCCAGAGUGGCCUUAAAACAAUAGUAGCGUCCAAACGUCAUCAAGCUGCUGUUACUCUGGCGCCUCCUCUAGAAGAUUUGGAACAACCGCCUCAGAGGCUGUCGAUGUCAACAAUGGCGCCACCAAACCCAUUCCUUACUAUUGUGACUAGCCAACAUGUCGAGACAUUCGACACUGUAGUUCGAUUCCUCGCAGACCUCCACACGAGGUCACGAAAAUUCCGAGAUUUUACAGCUACUAGUAGCUCGUCCUACGUCCAGCAACUCCUCACUGUUCUUUUCCCGGUAGUGGUUGGUUCCGAUAUUGUCGAAGCACGGACUGAACUGGAUGCUCGAGAUUCCACGUUGACAUUUGAUGGUGCCGAUGUUGUUGUCCAUCCCUUAUCCACCGCAUCGCCCAUAAUACGCACGUCUGAGGUCGAGCCAUCUCCCGUAGGAUCCCGAGGCACAACACUCCGGCGAGGUUCUUCCUUUGUUCUUGUGACACGAGAGCAGGCUCAUCAAAAUGGAAAUGGAACUAGAGCUGGCCAUGCUGACGGCUCUGACUCCGCCACUCGAAAAAUGCCAGAGCUCAACGAGGGCCACUCGAUCGUCCAAAGUUUACUGGAAAUAGUCGUAGCUAUUUUCCUGGACCAGAUUCUCACGAGAAAGGACUUUCCUGGGCUGGGACUCUUCCUCAAAACACCACCUGGCUUUGUCGAGCACCAAACUUACUUUGAAACGUGGAUUCUUAGAAAUACAGUCUCACAGCUUUCGACCCAGAUUGCGUUGGACCAGAAGGUUCUGACCGAACCAAGAGUUUUGAUCAACCUUGCACGACUAUUCAGUCACCUCGAAGAAGCCCUUUUUGAAGGCUGGUUCAUUGGUGGAGCUGAUCCUGUCCUUGAUCUUGCCGGUUCCAUUCUUGAGUACCUUCAACGUCCUGACAUAGCCAAGAUGAAGAGUGUCCGGCUGUGCGCGCAAACAAUUGCGAUUAUUCGUGCUGUUGUCUUUCGAACUGUCCUGCUCAGCUUGUCUUCAAUCCAGGACAAUGAAUCGUUGCCUUUUCUGGAAAAGCUGACUUAUUGGCAAACAGUUUUACUCUCUGCCGAAGAAACACAAUCGAGUAAUUUGCAACUCGUUUGCUAUUUGCUUUACGCAAAUCUAGUCUCCUCCACGGAUGCUGUUCGGCAAACAGCGGCUAAUCUUUGGAGAAUCAUACUCGUUCAAAAGCCCGAUGAAGCUUCGGCCAUAUUCGGUCAGACUGAUACAAAUGAGCAAAUGGGCCUGACAUCUGGUUUUGCAAAGGUUGUGGAGCUCGACAACGAGGCUUUCCUGCAUUGGGUUGAUGAGCACAGAGAUGAGCUAGACACGUUGUUCUUCGAUACACUGUCCAAACAGUGGACUAGCUUCGUGGCCAACGAGAAUAAGCGUACUGAAGAGAACGGACGCUUGAGGAUUUCCCGCAGACGCGAGAAGGUGAGGCAGUGGUCACAAGAAGAAGCUGAUCGGGAAGAUCUGAUCCGCCGGCAUGAACUAGCAUUUGAGAACUGGACAGCCAAUAUAUAUUCGUCAGAAUACCUCAAACAUCAGCGGCUAUUGCAGGACCAACAAGACGACCUUCUUUAUACUGAGACCAGUUUCAAUCGAAUGCAAAGGGACACCAGCAGACCUGGAGGGUUGUUCUAUGCCAAAAAGGACCAAAAAUGGCGGCUUGACCAGACGGAAGGCCGGAAUAGAAUGCGCAUGCGACUUCACGAGGACUUCAGCAAAGCAGAAAAUGACCAACCGAAGCGAAAAGGAUCAGAGUUGCCGCCAUUGAGGCUCGACACUCGUAAUACGAAAAUAUCUAACCUUGAGGCCAUCGGCGCAACUCCCGGUGGAGCGACUCCUAUGGUUGCAACACCAAAACACAUCAACACCGGUACUGAACCUUUCCCUCAAAUCGAGGAGGAAUCCUAUGGUCAACAGCAGCCAGAUGACUCGGUCAAUAAUCACGAGAACGAGCAACAGAGCGAAGUGGUAGAAGGCGAUGAUAGUUUCGAGAUGGUUGAAGACCCUAAUGUCGAGCUAGACGAUUUCGAGGACAAGAAUCGCAAAGUUAUGCGGAGUCUUCACCGAGGCGAUCAGGUCAAGCAUGUCGCCAAUAUUUCCCGGAUUCUUGGACUUGAAGCUGUCGAAGGUCUACUCAUCCUUGGCAAAGACUACAUUUAUCUCCUCGACAAUUUCUUCCAGCGAGCAGAUGGAGAGAUUGUGAAUGUCUGGCAAGCGCCCGAGGAGGAGCGUGACCCCUACGUCAGGAUGAUAUCUGGGCGAGACGUUGCAGACAAGAAGAAUGUCUCCAGGAACGAAGAGCAUGGCACUCGCAGUUGGAAAUGGUCGGAGAUCAUCAGUGUGUCAAAGCGACGUUUUUUGUUUCGAGAUGUGGCGAUCGAGAUCUUCUUCAGUGAUGGCAGAAGCUAUCUGCUGACCGUCAUCUCUCCCCCUAUUCGGAAUGAGUUGCAUAGCCUCGUCAGCGCCAAAUCGCCAUCUCACAGCGCGCUGAGUGCUGCACAUCCCGAGACAGCUUGGCGGUACGAAACGUUGAGGAGUGUCGACGACGAGCCACAAACUCUUGGUUCAAAGUUCGCCAAUGUGUUUGGCCAACAAUCGAACUACCUUGCUGCGACUCGAAAGUGGCAGAAAGGAGAAAUGUCAAACUUCCACUAUCUCAUGCUCGUCAACACAAUGGCGGGGAGAACGUACAAUGAUCUGACGCAAUAUCCUGUGUUUCCCUGGGUCAUCGCAGACUAUACAAGCGACGAAUUAGAUCUGUCCGACCCUCGAAGUUUUCGCGAUCUUUCCAAACCCAUGGGGUGCCAGAUGGCGGAACGAGAAAGACAAUUCCGUGAACGUUAUGAGGCCCUGGCGGAGAUGGGAGAUGCCAGUACUCCGGCUUUCCACUAUGGGACACAUUACUCGUCCGCCAUGAUUGUAACUUCAUACUUGAUCCGGUUGCAACCUUUCGUCAAAUCCUAUCUACUCUUACAAGGUGGAACGUUCGACCAUCCUGAUCGCAUGUUCUUCUCUAUCGAAGGAGCCUGGAAGUCCGCGUCGCGCUUGAUCCCUACAGACGUGCGUGAACUGACGCCCGAGUUCUACUACUUGCCUGAGUUCUUGGUGAACGUCAACAACUUUGAUUUCGGGACGAGGCAAAACUCGAGCGAAUCGAUUGGCAACGUCGAGCUACCGCCAUGGGCAAAAGGUGAUGCCAGAAUAUUUAUAGCCAAGCAACGAGAGGCUCUCGAAAGUCCGUUUGUCAGCAAGAAUCUGCACAAGUGGAUUGACCUCGUCUUCGGCUGCAAGCAGAAAGGGGAAGCUGCGGUUGAAGCCGUCAAUGUCUUCCACUACCUGUCGUACCAGGGUGCUCGCGACCUUGAUUCCAUCACUGACCCCCGAGAUCGGUUGGCGACGAUAGGAGUCAUUCACAACUUCGGCCAGACCCCGUAUCAGAUUUUCACGAAACCCCACCCAGCAAGAGAACAGACACGCCACCGAUACAAACGUUUAGAUACGGCUGCAGAGUCUUUGACUCGGGUUCCCUCGACCCUUUUGGAAACGGAAGAAAGGAUUGCAUCUCUGAGCUGGUCAUGGAAAUCUGAGCGAUUGUUGUGCUCAGGUGCAUUCCGGCUUAACAUACCUCCAGACUACGAGAUGUAUAUGGAAUGGGGGUUCUCCGACAACAGCGUCCGUUUCUAUUCGACGGAGAGUCGCAAGCAGAUUGGCCUUUUCGAGCAUCUACACAUUGGGCAAUUGUCGUGUGCUCUGUUUACCGAUUCAAGAACGUUGGUCACAGCAGGCGCUGAUUGUACGGUUGCGGUCUGGACAGUGAUUGACACAGGCAAGUCGGUUGAAUUGCACCCGCGAGCAACACUAUUUGGACACCGAAAAGCUGUGACGGUGCUAGCGGUUUCGAGAGCCUUCAACGCACUGUUGUCUGCAUCAUCAGAUGGGCAGGUCAUGUUGUGGGACCUCAACCGAUGUGAAUUCAACCGCAUGCUUGAUGACCGGCUUCCAGUAACAUGUGCAGCGAUCAACGACGUUACCGGGAAUAUCGUGCUAUGUCAUGACCAUGAGAUCAGCAUGUACACGCUCAACGGUGACCGAAUACUACGGCAGGAUUCCGGAGAUCGGUUACAAGAAAGCAUUGUUUCGUGCGCAUGCUACGAAGGAGCUGGCAAUGAGUGGCUUGAACGAGACCUUGUCUUCACGGGCCAUAAGAGGGGCCAAGUCCGGAUCUGGAGCAAAGUCGCGCGUGGAGGACGAUUCGAGUUGGAACUCAUUCGUCAAUUGAAUCAUGCAGAUAACAACAGGGAUGAUGGAGCCAACGUCAAUGCUGGCAUUAGUUGUAUCCUUCCCAUGGCACAACUGGUGUACACUGGGGAUGAAGACGGCCGAGUGUAUGAGUGGAACUGUGUCCAAAGACAUUGAAGGGCAGCGACUGGAUUGUGUCAGCUGCAUGAGGCAUGAUUACUUGAUUGAAUUCACAAGCAUAGCGAGGCGUACUGCACCACUGACACUCGAUAGGUGGGAUUGGAAUAUGAAAUGAGUGGUUGGCUGUCUUCCCUGGGUUGGUAUUGGAAGGUAUUGGAUUGUUUUGGGGGGAGAAAAAAAAACAAUAAAUCCUGCGAUAGAAGCGAUGAAUUAAAAAAGUCAUUCUCCAUAUGGAGUACAGGUGGUGAAAAUGGAAUAGAGAUAUACAAUGAUGAAUCAAUUACUCCGGACA